AUGGAUCAAGAGACUCUGACAAUGGUGACUGAGUUUUAUUUCUCUGAUUUCCCUCAGUUUGAGAAUGGAAGCCUUUUCUUCUUCAUUCCUUUGCUCUUUAUUUAUAUUUUCAUUAUUGUUGGAAAUUUCGUUAUCUUCUUUGCUGUCCAGCUAGAUACACGUCUCCACAACCCCAUGUACAACUUCAUCAGCAUCUUCUCCUUCCUGGAGAUUUGGUACACCACAGUGACCAUCCCCAAGAUGCUCUCUAACCUGGUCAGUGAACAGAAGACCAUUUCUUUCAUUGGCUGCCUUCUGCAGAUGUAUUUUUUCCACUCACUUGGGGUCACAGAAGCUCUAGUCCUCACGGCGAUGGCCAUCGACAGGUAUGUUGCCAUCUGCAACCCCCUGCGCUACGCAAUCGUUAUGACCCCUCGACUAUGCACCCAGCUCUCCAUUGGCUCUUGCAUCUUUGGCUUUCUUAUGUUGCUGCCAGAGAUUGUAUGGAUGUCUACUCUUCCAUUCUGUGGCCCCAACCAAAUUCAUCAACUCUUCUGUGACUUCGAACCUGUGUUGCACUUGGCAUGUACAGACACAUCCAUGAUUCUGGUUGAAGAUGUGAUACAUGCUAUUUCCAUUCUGACUUCUGUCUCCAUCAUUACCCUUUCCUAUUUAAGAAUCAUCACUGUGAUCAUGAGGAUUCCCUCUGGUGAAAGCCGUCAGAAGGCAUUCUCCACUUGUGUGGCUCACAUUACUAUUUUCUUGCUGUUUUUUGGCAGUGUGACACUCAUGUACCUGCGCUUCUCUGUUACAUUCCCACCAAUACUGGACAAGGCCAUUGCACUGAUGUUUGCUGUUCUUGCCCCGCUUUUCAACCCGAUAAUCUACAGUCUGAGGAACAGAGACAUGAAAGACGCCAUCAAGAAAGUCCUGUGUUCUCCAAAGAUGUUCAAUGUCUCUGGAAGCCAAUAA